UUUGGAAUUGUAGCGAAUUCAUAUACAGCAAUUGGAUGCACAAUAAUUUAUAAUCGCGAGUUAGUAUCAGUGUAUAAAAUAAUGUGCCAGUGUUCUUUAUAAUACUUUUGUAAAAAGAAAGAAAAAAAAAAAACGAAUACCAUUGAAAAAAUAAUUGGCAAUGUACAAGAAAAUUUAUUUCAAAGAAGACGAUUAAGACGGGAAGGAUAAUCAUAAGAAGAACUCUCACCAUAAUGGGAAAGACAAAUACAUUUACAGGCGAGGAACAACAAAUCGAGAAUGCUAAUCCAGGUGGGAGUUCGAUUGAGGCAUUUUUUGCAGAAUCUGUCGUUCUCAUAACAGGUGCAACUGGCUUUUUAGGAAAAGCACUAGUGGAAAAACUUUUACGAUCAUGCCCACGACUUGCCACAAUUUUUAUUUUAAUCCGUCCAAAAAAGGGCCAAACGGUCGAGCAAAGAUUUAUGGAACUCAUUGACAAUCCGGUCUACGACAGAAUUCGUUGGGAGUAUCCUGGAACAUUGAGUAAAGUAAUUCCAGUGAAGGGGGACAUGAGCCUACCCGAAUUGGGUCUUAGUCCAGAAGACAAAGCAAUGCUUAUGCAACGUGUCAAUGUUGUCUUUCACAGUGCAGCAACAGUGCGAUUUGACGAACCCCUAAAAGUAGCUGUUAAUCUAAACACAAAAGGCACUGAUAGAAUGAUAGAACUUUGUAAAAGUAUGUCGAAUCUUGUCAGUAUUAUUCAUGUCAGCACUGCUUACAGUAACGCUGAUCUCUACGAUAUAAAGGAGGAAGUUUACAGUACGAAAGUAAAACCACACACGGUUAUUGACAUGUGUGAAAAUUUGGACGACGAGACAUUGAGAAUAUUGGAGAAAAAAUUAAUGGGAAGACAUCCGAAUACUUAUACGUUGACAAAAGGAUUAGCGGAGAAUUUAAUAAUGACAAAGGGUGCUGGAUUGCCGAUUUCAAUUGUCAGACCGAGUAUUGUUUGUGCCGCUUAUCAGGAACCAUUCCCCGGAUGGGUUGAUAAUGUCUGCGGAAUAACAGGAAUUAUGAUGGAAAUCGGAAGAGGCACUAUUCGAAGUAUUGUUUGCAAUGCAAGAAUGGUUGUUGAUGUUGUUCCAGUGGACUAUGUCGUGGACACUCUCAUUUGUGCCUCAUGGCACAAUGCAAUCGAACGCACCAACAAACUUAGAGUUUACAAUUGUACCAGUGGAACGUUCAAUCCCGUUAAAUGGGGAGAAUUCGGACGACUCACCAGAAAACACGCAAUUGAAUCUCCAUCAAAGUACGUCAUGUGGUAUCCAGGAGUCACUUUUAGGACAAACAAAUUUAUCCACAAAAUCGUGGUGGCAAUGCUUCAUUUUUUCCCGGCAUUUUUGGUAGAUAUGGUCUUGAAAUUCCAAGGGAGUAAACCCAAAAUGAUGAAGAUCACACAACGCUUUCAGCGAGCAGCUCUCACUGGGGAAUUUUUUGCCAUUAAUGAAUGGUUCUUUCACGGCAAUAAUAUGAGAGAAUUAACGAAAGCCCUUAAGGAAUCUAAUGACUCGGGAUGUUUUAAUGUCGACAUUGGAACAUUAGACUGGGACACUUAUGUGCAUCGUUACAUGCUUGGAAUUAGAAAAUACAUUUUAAAAGACGGACCGGAUACUUUGAGCAAAGCAAGAAAUCGACUUCUAAAAUUAUAUUGGAUGCACAAAUUUACACAAUUUUUCAGUCUACUUCUUCUAGUGAAAAUGAUCGCACGAACUGGUCGGUGAUAACUGUCAAAAUGAGAAAAAUAAUCUUCUUUCAU